CCAAUGCCUGCAUUGAGCGACUCCUCAAUCGUCCAAUGCCUGCAUUGGGCGUCUCCUCUGUUGUUCCAGUGCCUGCAUUGAGCGACUCCUCAAUCGUUCAAUGCCUGCAUUGAGCGUCUCUUCAUUUUUCCAAUGCCUGCAUUGAGCGACUCCUCAGUCGUCCAAUGCCUGCAUUGAGCAACUCUUUAUUCAUCAUUGCAAUCAUCCAAUGCAAGCAAUUAGUACCACUCAUUCUUCACCCAAUGCAGGUAUUCCUUCUGUCCAAUGAAAUCACACUGGAUGCAUAUAAUGUCAAUGUCCAUAUGCAUUAAAAAAUGUAUAUUGCAGUUUCUGCAUUGCUUCAAUGCUGAGUUUUAACUCUAAGAAAAUAUUCCAAAUAAGGAACAUGAGGUCUAAAACGUAAACAUUUUAAUUCCUGUUAUCACAAAACUGAAUGACAAAACAAGGAAUGGUUUUAUCAGAAUGUCGCAAGAAAAAUUCACAUAUUUUUCUGAUAUUUCGAAUCGGUACUUGGCGUGUUUCUGUGAAUUGCCUUAAUUAACGCAGAAAAAUCAGAAAAAAAUGGUUGAGACAAAUAAAGAAAUAGUGUAGACUGCAUUAUAGCCAGUCUGUUAGUCCCUAUGACGUUUGUAGCUGUUUUACAGUCAUUCGUUUUCCUACUUCCGAACGAGUCUGGUGAGAGGAUAGGAUUUUCCGUGACAAUGUUACUGGCGAGCGUUGUGUUUCUGACUCUUAUUCAGGAGAAACUUCCGGAAUCAUCCGAGUCCAGCAUCUCCAUACUGGGUUACCUGUUGCUAGGAUACAUUUCCCUUGGGGGUGUAGUUACUCUCGUCGUCAUUAUUAGUUCUAAUCUGUAUAUUGAAACCAAACCUGUCCCAAAAUGGCUGCAGCAUCUCUGUUGUGAAAGACAAACUGACACUGAUGGUUCUGCAUUAUACAGUAUUAAAGAUGUCCCCCCUGUGCAACGGGAUGAUGAUUUUAAAGAACAAUGCGAGUUGUGUUGGAAGAAAAUUGGCAUGAAGUUUGACCGAUUCUGUUUUGUAAUGUCUAUAAUGUUGUAUGUUGUACAAGUUAUCAUUUUCAUUGCUAUCGUACGUGAUUGACAAGGCUUUGGAGAUAUCACCAAAGUCAAAUGAGUUUAUACAGCAUCAGAGCCUUUAUUCAUAUAUGUACAUUGUAUACAUUUUUUGUGUUUUAAGUUAAAUUUAAAUAUCUUUUUGUCUUGAUUGUUAUCAAAAUAAAGUUUCAUUGCAAUUCAAAUCUUGGAUCAUGAUAACUUUAAACAGGUCAGAACCAAUCUACGAAAUGGGAUAUAAUGCCCUAAAUGGGAUAAAAAUUUGAAGCGCAAAUUUUAAAUGUCUGAUUUAGAAAUUUAUAAUUAAUCCGCAUAAAUUCAUUAUGAUAACCAAUGCAACAACUUUUGGUUAGCAACUUUUGUUUGUAAGAUUGACCCCCAAGAAGUUAUGGAUAUACUGAGGGAUCAUUAUCUGAAACAGUGGGGUUACAAAAAAGUUAACCAAUUAAUGGUUGUUACAUGUCAUUCAGUCUACUGCGGAUUUGACUCAUAUUUUGCAAAAUAAAAAAUUCUCUUGUUUUUGCUCUUCAAAUUUAUAUCCCAUUUGGGAUAUUAUAUCUAAUACAGACUAUUUUAUCCCAUUUGGGAGAUUGGUCCCAACUUUCAUGUAUUAAUUAAAGGAGUUUUAACAAGAUUCAAAUAACCUGAGUAUGUUAGCUUGAUCAAAUGUUAAUCUGAUUAAAAUACGAAUAAA